GCGGACUGGCCGCCGCCCUGCCCGCCUGGAACGCCACCGCGCUGUCCCGGGGCGGCGCCGCCGCGGCGGAGGCCGCCGCGCUGCGCGAGAUUCAUGGCGCCUGGGAGCAGUACCUGGACUAUCACCUCAAGAAGGCGGCGCUCCUCGACGCGCCGCGCUCCGCGCCGCUCCUGCGGGGCUGGCCGCUCGAGGAGGCGGAACGCGUCUUCGGGCUCGCGAUGCGCUCCGCCUGGCUGCUCUUCGCCCCUCCCGAGCGCCUGGUGCAGGCGCACUGCUCGUGCCGCGACACGCCCGAGACGAUCUCCAUUCUCUUCAACAUAUUCGCUAAGUUGAGGCGGCACGGCGCCGAGAACGUCAGCUUCUACCUCUUCCAGUGCGCCGCCCUCGGGGCGGAGCCCGACGCCGCGGCGUGGGAGAACCUCCGGCUCUUCGCUCGCGCGGCCACGGGCUGGGCGCCCUGCCUGCCCGCGGACGUCAUGGCCGCGAGCUGCCGCGCGCUCCGCCGCCGCCGGGGGGCCGCGUGCGCCCAGCGAGCGUUGCUCCACGGCGACCCGGCGGCGGCGAAGCGGCUCAUGCGCGCUGCCGCCAACCUGCUGGCCUUCUGCGCGGACUGCUUCGACCACACCCCCUGGACUGGGAGGGGGUCUGGCGUCGAGGCGGCGGCCGACCUGGCGGCGACGGAGGUCCUGUACAACUGGGCCAGGCACGCCUCCGGACGCGGAGGGCCCUGGGCGCCACUGCGGGCGCGGCCGCAAGCCCUGGAGGGCGCCGGCUCGGGGCGCCCCUUCGCGCGCCCCCUGUGCUCGGCGGACCUGGGCGAGGUGUGCUUCGACGUGCCUCGGGCGGGCAUCUCGCUGAUGGGCGCCGCGCCGCGCAGCGCUGCCGCCCCGGGGGCGCGCGGCGGCGGGUUCCUGCUGCAGUGCGGGGACAGCUACGGCGACUGGCGCCGCGUGCUGCUUUCGCGCAGGCCACUGCCUGAAGUCAGGCGAGAAGAAGGCCGCCGUGGAGCCCUUGUUGUCCAUAUGUCGCCCACCGCCAUGGACAACCUCUGGCACCUUCUUCAUGUUUUCGUGCCAGCGGUGCUGCGGUCUCGUGGCGGAGCCGCCGCCGGGGGCGCCGCCCUGCCGGGGGGGGCCGGCGGCCUCGAGGUGGUGCUGGACGGGCUCGCGCCGCUGGGCGGCUGGCCGGGCGCGACGGCGGCGGAGCUGCGGCGCAGCUUCUCCUGGCACUUCCUGCGGCUGCUCUCCCAGGCCCCCAUUGUCCUCGGGGACGCCGAGUCUGUCACGGGUACCCGCUCGACGUGCUUCAGGUUCGUGCUCUGGGGGCAGAAGGCCACUCUGAGGGGAAGGGGAGGGAGGAGUGAGACAGAUGCGGAUCUCGCG